UUCCAGACGUUUGGGUGGGAGUGAGAAAGUAGGUGUGUGAGACACUGGCUGAAAGCACACGCGCCAGAACCAAAGAUGGAGCAGGUGUCUGAUGAUGAGUUGGACCACGCUGCGGAGGAGGACAGUGACAAGGAGGAUCAGGACCUGGACAAGAUGUUCGGUGCCUGGCUAGGAGAGCUCGACAAGCUCACACAGAGUCUGGAUGAUGGCCAACCACAGAAGAUCCAGAAUGCUCCUCUCCGGCAGGAGACCAACCUGGCCAACUUCUCCUAUCGGUUCUCUAUGUACAACAUCAAUGAGGCCAUAAACCAGAGUGAACCUGUAGACCUGGACUCCCUGAUGGCUGACCUGUGCACCAUUGAGAAUGAGCUGAGCAGCAUCGGCAAGCCUUCCGGCUCCCUCCGGUCCUCCUCCAGUCGACAGAAGGCCGGCGGGCGUGGCAUGGCCGUGACCGUGGCCUCCGCGGGCGGUGGCGGCGGCAGCAGCGGCGGCAGCGCCAGCAGCAGCACCCGGGCGUCCCCCGCUGGCUCCGUGCGGCAGGGCCGGCCCCUAGCCUCCAACCUGUCCCUGGACGACAUCACCGCGCAGCUGGAGAAGGCCUCGCUCAGCAUGGACGAGGCGGCGCGCCAGACCUCCUCGGCCUCCUCCUGCUCGUCCUCGUCUUCGUGCUCGUCCUCCGCGGCCGUGCGCCGGCCGUCCGGCUCCUCUCAGGCCCCCCAGCAGCAGCACCGCCGCGCGGGCUCCGUGGGAGGGGGCAGUGAGCUCGAUGGCCGUUCGGCCGGCCACUCCUCACGCUCCAGUGCCUCAGCCUCCAGCAUGGACUCGCUGGACAUGGAUAAGGGCCCACGGGGCCCAGAGAAAGAUGAGGGCCCUGGGGCCCCAAACGCACAGGUCACACAGGGCCAAUCCAACACUGAGGAGGAGCAGGCAGCCAAACUGAAGGCAGAUAAGAUCCGUGUGGCACUGGAGAAGAUCAAAGAGGCACAGGUUAAAAAGCUGGUGAUCCGGUGUCACUUGUCUGACGAGAGCUCCAAGACCAUGAUGGUGGACGAGAGGCAGACCGUGCGGCAGGUGCUCGACAGCCUGCUGGACAAAUCACACUGCGGCUACAGCCCCGACUGGGCCCUGGUGGAGACCAUACCGGAGCUGCAGAUGGAGCGCAUCUUUGAGGACCAUGAGAAUCUGGUGGAGAAUCUGUUGAACUGGACCAGAGACAGUCAGAACAAACUCAUGUUCAUCGAGCGCAUUGAGAAGUAUGCCCUGUUCAAGAACCCCCAGAACUACCUGCUGGGGAGGAAGGAGACGUCUGAGAUGGCAGACAGAAACAAAGAAGCCCUGCUGGAGGAGUGCUUCUGUGGCAGCUCGGUGUGUGUCCCUGAGAUCGAGGGCAUUCUGUGGCUCAAGGACGAUGGGAAAAAGUCCUGGAAGAAGCGUUACUUCCUGCUGCGUGCAUCCGGCAUCUACUUUGUGCCUAAGGGCAAGGCCAAGGCUUCCAGAGAUCUGGUGUGUUUCCUUCAGUUGGACCAUGUGAAUGUGUACUAUGGCCAGGACUACCGCAGCAAAUACAAGGCUCCUACGGACUACUGUCUGGCCUUGAAGCACCCUCAGAUUCAAAAGAAAUCUCAGUACAUCAAGUACCUGUGCUGUGAUGACGUCAGAACCCUCCACCAAUGGGUCAACGGAAUACGUAUCGCCAAGUAUGGAAAGCAGCUGUAUCUGAACUACCAGGAGGCCAUGAAGCGAACAGAGGCAGCGUAUGACUGGGCCUCUCUGUCCAGCUCCAGCAUCAGGUCUGCCUCCAGCUCGGCCAGCAUCCCUGAGUCUCAGUCCAACCACUCCAGUGUGACAGACAGCGGCCUGUCCGACGGCACGUCCUCCAGCCACGCGCGCUCCCAGAGCGUGGUCAGCUCCAUCUUCUCCGAGGCCUGGAAGAGAGGCACCCAGAUGGAGGAGAACAGUCGGAUGAGGUCUGAGUCGAGCAGAUCAUCCAGCAUCUCCCACACCUCCCACAGCUCCCACUCCCAUCAGUCCUCUCACCACCAGAGCUCACAUCCCCCACACCCCCCACACACGCCUCAGCCCCCACCUGUCACACAUGUGCCCCAGCCCCCACCUGCCACACAUGUGCCCCAGCCCCCACCUGCCACACAUGUGCCCCAGCCCCAACCUGUUCCCCUCAGCCAUCAACCCCCACCUACCCCACACGCCCCUCCUCCACCUGCCCCUCAACCCCUACCUACUGCAUAUAUCCCUCCACUCCCACCCACCCCUCAUAUCCUUCAGCCCCCCUCUCCACCCACCCCUCAGCCUCCACCUGCCCCACCCACCCCUCAGCCUCCAUGUCUUCCCCCCCAGAGUCAGGUUCCGCUCCAGACCCCUACUGAGGUCCAGCCUGCAGCCCAAACUCAGCCCAUGACCCCAGUGGUGUGUGCGCCUCCCCCUCAGCCCUCCCCACCUCCGCCUCCCCCUCCCCCUCCUCCCCCACCGCCCGUGUGCAGCGUUCCUCCUCCAGCCUUCAGCAGCACCCCGCACCACCACCACUCCAGCAACCCCACCGUCUUUGCCAAGUACAGCACCAUCACACGCCUGCAGCAGAAGGAGGGCGCCUCCUCACGGCAGCCUCACGCCGCCCAGCUCCCCACCCCACCUCCUCAGGCAGCCAAGCCCCAGCUCAACACCGCUGCCUGGCCACAGGCGGCUAACACGCCCCCUCCCCCACCGCCUCCUCCUCCCCCUCCAGCCAGCCUGCCUGCUCCGGGGUCGGCCAUGGCGGUGCUGAAGCGUGGGCCUGCGGCUGGAGCCCACAUGCCACCUCCACCGCCGAAGAGCAACGGCUUCCCCCCGCCUCCCCCACCUCCAGGCCCUCCGGUGGCACACGUCCCCCCUAAGCCCUCUGCCAACGGCUACCAGAGGUUCCCAUCUCCUCCCCCUGACCUCUCCCCCUCACCACCUCCCCAGCUGCCGACGCAGUCUGCUCCUCCUCCCCCUCCACCUCCUCCACCGCCUCCUCCGCCACCACCUCCUGCACCCCCCUUGCCCCCUCAACAGCUACAGGCUCACGCCCCACCACCCCCUCCUCCACCACCGCCUCCUCCCCUCCAGGUGGUCUUCCCACCUUCCGCCCCACCCAAAGUCUUCCCCCCUCAGACGGCCCGUAAACCUCCGGGGCCAGCAGUGUUUCCCACUGCAGUUGCUCCCCUGCCUGCUCCCAGCCCUCCUCCUCCCCCGCCGCCUCCUCCUCCUGCACUCUCGUCAGCCCCCGUGAAGAGCCAGCCGCCGCCCACCCUCCCCAAACAGCACAGCAUCUCCAGGGCCACUGCCUCAUCCUCUCUGGUCAAACAGCUCGCCAGUCAGUUUCCAGGAGCGUCCACCAAUCACGUGGACAGCCUCAAGGCGCCACAGUCGCCCCCUACGGUUAAGGCCAAGCCCAAGUGGCAGAGAGGAGGAGGUGUCCAGACCCAGGCUCCAGAGUUCCCCCCACCCCCUCCAGAUAAUAGCCUCGGCUUCCCCCCAGCUCCUGCACCACCUCCUCCUCCUCCUCCUCCUCCACCUGCACCAGGGCCUGGGCUGGCUCGGCCUGGGCCAGCUCUACCUCCACCUGCACCAGGGCCUGGGCUGGCUCCACCUCCUCCUCCACCUCCUCCUCCUCCUCCUCCACCUCCACCAGGGCCCGGGCCGGCUCUGCCUCCACCUCCACCCUUGCCUCCCAUGACCUUGCCCAAAGGUGGGAGUUCGCCUGUAAAGAAAUCCCCCACGGGCUCCUUCAAGAAACCUCCGCCAACUCCCCAGCGCAACUCCAGCAUCAAGGCCGACUCGUCCGCUGAGUACCUGGAGGCCCGGGCGCGGCUGGAGAACCUGGUCAGCCGGUCCAGCCCCUCCGGGUCGCUCUCCUCGGGGCCGCCUGCGCCUCCCAAACCGGGGAAGCUCAACCUGGGCCACCUGCCCCCGGCCCUGCAGUCCAAAGUGGGGAAAGUGGGGAGCGACUUCCCCUCCCCUCCACCUCCGGAGUGUGACUUCUCCUUCCCCCCUCCCCCAGUGGACAAUUACCUGCCCCCGCCUCCCCCUCUGCCCACUGACCUCCAUGGCAGUGCCUCCCGAGUGGCCGUGGUGAACCCCCAGCCCCAGUCCUCGUCCAACAGCAACAACAUCUGGAGUGCUGGCCGGGCCUCCUUGAAGAAGACCCCGCCCCCCACGCUGGCUCGCCGUAGCAACGGCAGCGCCCCCAUCCCCACGGCGAUGGAGGUUCAUCGCCCGCUGUCCCCACCCACCUCCCCCAAAGGCCAGCCCAACUUCCUGGAUGACCUCCACCGGACGCUCAGGCGCAAGUCGGGGAGUCGGCAGGGCUCGCUCGCCAACCCCGAGCCGGCAGUCAUGGCAACCAUGGAUGACAUGGCGCUGCCCCCACCCCCUCUGGAGCUGCUGCUGGACCAGCAGGGGAACGGCAGCGGGGGGGGGCUACUCAUCAGGGAACAUCUCAGGCUAUGCAACGCUGCGAAAGGGGCCCCCCCCGGCACCGCCCAAACGGGACAACGGCACCAAACUCACGAACUAGCCAACGAGACAAGCCUAGCUACUCACUGACUGACAGCAAGAAAAGGGUCUAUACAAGACAUCAGUCGAGUGCUUCUUCUCAACCAUCUGCCAUGAAGCCUCUCAAAGGUUUUUUGUGGUGGAACAGCAUUCUUAACAGUAAUCCAAUAUCAUUAUCUAUUAAUACAUUAACACUGAAAAGAUAGACUCUCUUCUCAUAUCUUCAUAACUUCAACUGGAUUCGGAGCAAUGGGUGACCAAUCCAAGCUUACGAGUGACUUCUCUUGGACACGUUCUUGCUGUGUGGACCUAUCGCAGACAUUUCUGGUUGUGUGUGUGUGUGUGUGUGUGUGUACAUGGGGUAAAGGGGUGGGUUUUUUGUUUUUAGCCUUUUUUUUAUAUAUGAAAAUGUAUUUAAUAUUUGAAGAGAUUGUGUUAUUUUACUGUUAGGACUGACUGAUGAGUACUGGACAAGAUGCCUUUCGAGACGGUCUGUGGUGAGGAGGUGUGUGGGCGGAGACGUCCUUCACCUUAGACUGAGACUGCAAACAGACUGCAAGUGUGCUCAGACUCUACCCAGACCAGUCAUUCAAAUGCUUUGUUACGUGAUUUCUAGAAUGUUCUCCGAAAUUGUAAGCUUGUCUCAUGCUUUCUGAAGGACUCUACAGUCGGCCAAGGACCACAGAUGAAGGAGGAUUUUUCGAGGUGCCCUUACUUAGACAGUGUGAUGGAUAGAGGGAGGGAAGGAAAACGUGAGGAUUUAGGUCAGAGGAUGGUGUAUACCUUGACAAGAAGUUUUGAAUUUAAAAUGGUGAAGCCCAAGAGGAGAUGGAAGGAAGUCUGUAGUUGUUGGAUGUAACCAGAUGUGGGGUCGGAGGUGUGUUUGUAGCAUUCUAACACUUGGAACACAUUUGAUAGAGCUUGAGUGGAUUGCCAUACAAAUAGAAGCUACUGACUAUAUCUCACCAGGCAAUCUCAAUCAAGCCGCGGGGAAAAGUGUUUCAACGUUAACAAAUGCUAUUUGUCACCCAUAUUUGGAUGUAUUGUGUGCUGUGAUGGUUUCAGCCUUGUUCUUUUUAAUCUCUAAUUUCUGUCAUCACUGCAGUAUCUGUCUGUACAAAAAAGGAAAAAAAUAACCUUUUCCAGCUGCUUCGCCUGCCUGUAACUCUGCCUUCCACUGACUGGACCUUUGGACAGAAUAUGUAGGUUGUUGAAGUCAUUACUUCCGUUCGCCUGUAAGCAGCUAUUUCCUGCUGCUUGAUCAGCAUGCUGAGAGAGGUCAAUUUGACAAUAAUUGUAAAGCCUUUUAUUUUGAAGGUACCAUAAUUCAUGAAAAUAGCAUUAAUAUAGUAUUAGCUUUGGGAAAUCAUGCCAUCGCUCUACACACCACCGUUGCUGUCGAGGUCCAAACCCGUGGCCUGAGAAGUGGGUGCGCCUGCACUAAAACGGAGGAUUCGAAGAAGCCGCAAAGGAGACGCAUCACGGGUGCUCCAUCGAGACCGUAAACACGGCUGCCCGUGUCCUGACUCUGAAUAUAUGAUCUACACAUAUUUCCAUUAGACGGAUACCGGAUUUAAAAUGUUCAUGCAUAUUUCAAAGUUAUUGCCUAUACGUGACCGAAUCAAGCAUUACAUAACCGGUAUUGAAGUUUGGAAGCCUAUCUGGGACCAAUAUCGGACAUCUCUGAAAAAUCAUAACGGGGAAAUGAAGUCAAAGUGUCUCUGCUUAUAAGAUAAAAUCACUAUAUAAAUGCAUUUCAAUGUAAGAUCAAUAUAUACAUGUUGAAAACAAA